AUGCGCUUCUUCACUACCGUCGUCCUCGCUACCAUCGCUGCCAGCGUCAGCGCUCUCCCCGUUGCCCACGAGUCAGACAUCACUCCCGCGCUUCCCCAGGGCAUCGAGGAGGCUGCUAUCGAGCCCAUUGAGGCCAGAGCCAACGGCAAGCCGAACAACCCCGCGGAUGUCAAGAAGCACGACGACAACCACGAGAGACAGCGUGAGGGCAAGUGCGGCACGGGCUGCAAGAAUUCCCUCGCCUCGUACCACUCUCAGGCAUCCAAGGACUCGAAGAACUCAAAGGCCUCCCAGGCUUCAAAGAACUCCCAGAAGUCCAAGGGUGGCCGUGACCUCAGCGCCGUCGAGGCGACUGAGGCGGAAGAGAUGGAGUAG